GCACCUCCUCCUCCGUGGGCAGGACAACAACUGCGCUGUCUUCUUUACAGAAGUACACGGGUUACCGGGAACCUCACGUCUUCACGAGUCACUACGCCCGUUUCAAGGUGCUACCCGACACCCAUGCGAGUCCUGAGGAAGCUGUUACCCCAAUCCUGCAGAAUAUUAAAGCAAUAAUGCCUCUAGAGAAAGGAGUUUCUGCCUCAGAUGAGACUUCAUCUCCUGAAGAGACAUCACUGCCCCUGAGGAGAGUAAUGCAUUGUGACAGAGAUUUGAUUGCUCAUGAAAGGAGUGAGUGGUCGUAUUACAACAAACCUGCCACACUCGUUGUCAUUGGAGGACUGGUCUUUUUGUGUGGAAUUAUUCUUACAAUUUUCCAUUUCACUAAAUUUGCGGAUGUUCCCUAUGCCCUUGGCCCUGUAUGCCUCUCAAUAGGACUGAUGUUUUUGGUCACUGGACUUGUGUGGUUACCAAUUAUAAAACAGAAAGUAAGACACAAAGUAUUGCUGAAAAAGAUGUAUGCAAGACGAGCCAGGAAUGCAUGAGACUUGUAUUUUAAGGAUUAUGGACACAUUUUAAAUUGUCACACACUCUUUACUAUACGACAAGCUACAUUCACAUAUGGUUCAACGUGUUCUUGCCUGAAAUACUACACAAGAUACCAAUAUAGCCUGUAAUGCAAUUGGCAUGUAGGUCUAAUGAAUUCUAAAGCACAUAGACAUGGUUUGCUUAAUAAAAUUAUUUAAAGCAACUGAAAUGCCUGGCACUGUACACAGAUUUGGUAAUCAGCAAGUUUUUAUUUGGUUGGAGUCUUUGUAUUUUCACUGCAUGAAUAUAAUGUCAUACUGAGAUGAAUUAUGUGGACAAAGUAUUUUGCCUUUACUAAGCCCAGUCCUUCAAAUAUGCAUCCUUGAACACUUUGAAAGAUUAAUGUGGAUUCCAGAUUCCCUUCAUAAAUGCCUAACAGACCAGAACGGAAUUCCUUAAACUGGCACACAUGCAUAACAUAGCUGACUUAGGAAAGGAAGGCAGAGGCAGGAAGAACAUGGGAACUAAGGCAAAAAAAUGAUUAUCGCUAAGCAAAAUAUGACUGGUGGCUGUCAGCUUUAAAAGCAGGAAAAUAUGAAUGUGUCUAAAUGGCAAAAAAAAGAAACAUAGCAAACAUUAAAAGUGAUGCAUAUUCUAUAUAAUUCAAAGAAAAGUAUAUACUGUUGACCUACAACCAGUCAUGAAAAUGUAGAGAGCAGACCUACCUACUAGUACCAUCAGCAACCCUCAAGUUUGAGCUUAAAUAACUUUUUCAUCAAAGCUAUUGGCAUUGUUUUAUCACAUUAUGUAGACCAUAAUUAAUUUCUCAGCUGGGGUGCCCUCUUUAUGUAGUUUGUAUGUACUCUCAGCGCUUGCAUGGAUUUCCACCAGGGUGUCCAGUAAUCCUCCCAUGGGGUUGGGAGUUGGCAUAAUGGUUAAAGUGUUUACCUGUCAGACACAAGUACAGGGUUUGAUUCUGACAAUUGAAAGGGAAAUUGUCUAGGCUUAAAAUGGCCUGCAAGGCAGAUAACCUAUCACUUGCCUCUGUGCCUGUGAACCAGUGAACCUAAGACUUGUUGGUAAGGCUGAUUGACAGCAGUACCUUAACUCUAGUGCAUGUGUGUGCUCAGCAGAGUGUCACCUCAUCAGGUACUAAUUUUUAUAUAGUACACAUUGCUUGCCAUAAUAAACUGUGAUCCUCACAAUGCAGAUCUGGAUAAAAGCGGGUAUAAGAAAAGAUAUAAUGGAUGGAAAUAUCGAGUAUGUACAAAGUAUGUAUUAACAAUGCAUACAA